GCUCUGGGCUUAUAUACGUGCGCCACCACCUGUGGCCUGUCACGCCCCCAGCGCCCUUCUUUGGGCAUGGGGUGGUCCCCGUCCUGCUUCUGGCCCGGGCCCCAUAUCAGCCGAUUCCUGCUGGCGGGGCCAGGCCCGUUCGGGCGGGCUGGGCCCCGCGGGGGUCUGCGCAGCUGCCCCGCGGGGCCAUUGUCCUGGCGGCGGAAGAAAACCGUUGCGGGGAGCGGCACAGACAGUGAGUGUGCGGGGAGAGAAAAGGGGGAGAGCAAAAGAAGAGAAGGGGGGGGGGAAGAGAAGCGGAAAAGAAGCGGAAAAGAAGCGGACGCUGACGUAAACGGGGUGGGACCGCGUUCUUACGUCAGCACAUUCUUACGUCAGCGCGUUCUUACGUCAGCGCGGUGGAGGCGAGUGGGCGAGCAGGCGGGGUGCGGGCCCCGUCGGGGUGAAAAAAAAGAGAGCUGAACAGGGUAGAGGAACAGCAUCAGAACAGGUGGGCAGGAGCAGGGCCGGAGCAGAGCAGAGCAGAACAGAGAAGAGCAGGGCAGCGAGAACCAAGAUGGCUAAGGCAAAGGCUAGAACGACGAUUGUGCAGCUCGUGUCGACGGCAAAGACCGGGUACAGAAGAACGCUGCUGGUUCCAAGAACAGCCCGGGAGAUCACGCAGGUGAGAUACGACCCGGUGGUGCAGAGACACGUGCUGUUUGUGGAGAGCAAGAAGCGCAAGGGCGAGC